AACACAGAAAUGUCAAUGUCACCGUGUCGAGUGGAGGAGGCUGUUUGCUAUUUUUUUUUGUGUUUGGAUUUCCUUUCCUUGUGCCAAUUUCGUUUCAAAACAUAAUGAGUGCUAUAGCAGUAAAACUGUGGUGAAACAUCUCGCUGUAGUGAUAACGGUUACAGUUUGUGGCGUUCUGAACACGAGAUAAUCAAGUUAUGUGCCAAGACUUGUUUGUAAUUGGAUUAUAAAGUUUUCUGAACACAUCUACAGUCGUGACAUCGCCGCAUGGUAUCUCUGGGUGCGCCCACGCAGGUGGGGCGGGGGCGUGAUGGCGGGCGGCAGCGUGUGGUCGCGCCGGGUGGCGGCGCGCACGCGCACGCUGCGCGGGCUCGUCCGCGACACACAGCGCGCGUUGCACGAUGUUGCUGAUAUAUUGCACUUCGAUUCCGAGGUAUUCUCAACAGUGCAAGAUGUGGGCAACCACUCGCAGCGUAGCACGGCUCUGGUUAUACUGGGCACGUCUCCGGCGGCGCGAGCGCGGCUCCUGCACUGCCUGCUGGGACACCAGCUACUGCCUGAUCCCCCGCCUAGGGGGUGCCGAUGGAUCCGCAUCCAAUAUGGCAGCGGUGCCCAGCGCCAGGUGCACCUGUCGCUCGGUAACUCGGAGUUCGAGCUGGUGGAGGAGCUGGAGUGCAACAAGCGACCCUGGGACACGCUGCCUGCUCAGGACCUCAUAAGACAAGAUAAGACUGAUCUCACCACGAUAUUAGAAGUGGAAAUCAACAACCAGUUCCUCAAAGAUGGUCUCCGGAUCAUCUUACCUCCAGACCUGGACGUAGACCCAGGGAUAUCCAGCAUUCAGAACCUCAAGAAAACACACGCAGACCUCUAUUCAAAAAGAGACAGUAUUUUGAAAAAUUUCAACCCAGUGUACCUUUUUGGAGUUGAUAGGAUCGGUAAAAAUAUUUUUAGUGAAAAUAUAAGUGGGAAUAUAACUACUUCUCGAAGUGAGGAGGACUUUUGGAACACGUUUAAUUUGUACUCUAUGGCGCGAGUGGGGAGUAGUGGGGAAGUGGGGGACAGUGGGGAUGGGGAUGGUGAUAAGAGUGAAGUGAAAAGAGUCUGGAACGAGAGUCGAGAGCCGGCUGUGUUCUCUAGUGAGAACUGUCUAGAUCUCCAUCAAAUUAAAGAGAUCAACCCGAACUCACAAGUGCUGUUCGUUCUCUUCUCAAACAGCGAAGACAUGAACCGAACAGAAGACGCAGAAGAGAACAAAAGGCCGGAGAAGAGGAUCAAUGUCGAUGCUCUAAAGUGGAUAUUUAGUUCCAGACAAAGCCAGGAGGCACAGAAGUCCACAGAGAACAAAGCAAAAGGAGAGGAAACAAGACUGUACGAGGAGCAGAGAGCGUUCAUGACUGAUAUGAUGGACCAGUGGGAGGUCAUGUCCACACCGCCUCCAAAGUACAAUGUGAAGAGUCAGUGCAUACUGCUCGACGACUCCGACUUACUCCGCACAGCUGACCACAAGUCCCUGGCACCGUUGCUCGCUACCCAGCAGUUGGGGGAGGGGUCCCCAAGGUCCAAGGAUGAUAAGGUGGUGAAGUCCAGACUGACAUUGCUUAGUACUGUAGUGAAGUUUGCAGCAGACUGCCUGCAGAGCUACCUACUGGAGUACUGUACCAAGCUUAGCGAGGUGCACGUGCGCCUCCUGCAGCGGUUCAUCCUGGCGUCGUUCGACCUGGCGCGGGAGCUGCAGGUGGUGCCCCGGAAGAUACAGUACGUCGCCACGCAGGAACAACAACUCUAUGAGACGAUAAACGAGAAGUUCUCGGAGGGCGACAAGAAGCGCGAGCUGCUGCAGAUCAUGCAGGAGGUGCUGGACGAGAUGAAGGCCGAGGUCAACAAUAUGGACUGGAGUGUCGAUGACCUCCCUUGGCACCAGGACCCCCGCUUCAUAGUAUCCAACUCGAUCUUCUACUCGUCGUCCCGGUCGGCGAGCUCCCCGGACCGCGUGUCGCUGCGCCUGCGCACGGCGCCCGACCUGCCCUCCGACGGGGAGGAGGCCGUCUCCUACGACACCUACAACUUCGACGACUAUGAGAUCAUACGGGCCAAUGAUGAGAGUUACUCGGAUUCUUUUGGGAAGAGUAAGCCCCCGGAGUCGUCAGCGGAGGAGUCAGCCCAGUACAGCCACAUCCGUGUGGAGAAUGAGAGGGGGGAACUGUCCUCGCUGGCCGCCGCGCCCAGCCUCAACUCCUGCUCCUACAGCGGACAUCUGUCCAUGAAGCAAGCCUCGCUGGAUGUACAGCAGACUGUUCUCUCUAAACUGAGUCAGAAGAUCAGUUUGAAGCUAGCCAAGUUUGUGGACUGCCUCAAGGACACGUACUUCGGUACUCUGCAGAGAUGCCUGGACUCCCUGGAGUCGUCGUGUCGCCAGGAGCUGGGCGGGCGUCCGGCCAGCGAGGCCAUGCGACAGUUGCUGGGCGUCGCCCGGACUGUCGACCUGUCGCCCUGUGCCUCCUUCCCAGUACUGCGGUCACUGCUGGAGUCUCUAAGGCGGAUACUGUAUAAACUGCGGCUGGUGGGCGGCGGUGCGGAGGAGGCGUGCUGCGUGUUGUCCCCGCUGUGGCGGCGCCGCGUGGCCAGCGCCGCGCUCACACAGCUCGCACCGCAUAGUCUCGCACGGCUCAUCUCCACACAGAUACUAGAAAGACUGAGCAUGGCACACGAGAAGUACCAGUCGGCGCUGACGGCGCUGGAGACCGCGCUGGCCGGCAGGCUGCAUCACACUGAGGAUAUCAAACUGGCCAUCAGGAAGAAGUACGCGCCUACAUUCGCGCGGCUGUGCCUGGAGAGUACGUCCAUGUGUGACCUGCUCAUGUACGGGACUCCGGAGCUGGGCAGGGAGAUAGGUCGCGGUCAAUACGGCGUAGUGUACAGUGUCCGCGGUAGCUGGGCGGGGCGGAGCCCUGUCGCCGUGAAGUCGGUGCUCCCGGCUGAUGACAGGCACUACCGGGAGCUUGCCAUGGAGUUCUUUUAUACCAGGAGUAUCCCGGCCCACCCCCGCAUAGUCCGUCUGUUCGGUUCAGUGGUACAGCGCCACAGCGGCGCGGGCCCGUGUGUACUGCUGGUCCAGGAGCGCAGGGUGCGGGACCUGCACGCCGCCGUCAGGGCAGGGCUUAACUUUGUCGCCAGGAUACGGAUCGCCAGGGAUAUCGUGGAAGGUAUCCGCUACCUGCACUCGCUGGGUCUGGUGCACCGCGACAUCAAGAUGAAGAACGUCCUGCUGGACGGGUCGGACCGCGCGGCGCUGUCGGACCUCGGCUUCUGCGCGGCCGAGGCGCUCAUGUCGGGCUCCGUCGUCGGCACGCCCGUGCACAUGGCGCCCGAGCUACUGGCCGGCGACUAUGACGCCGCCGUCGAUGUCUAUGCCUUCGGGAUCCUGUUCUGGUACGUGUGUGCUGGUAACAUCAAGCUACCAUCAGCGUUUGAGACAUUCCAGAAUAAAGAACAGCUGUGGAGUAAAGUGAAAAGAGGUCUUCGCCCCGAACGCCUCCCCCACUUCACGGACGAGUGCUGGGAGGUGAUGGAGUCGUGCUGGGCCUCCGAGCCCUCCCAGAGGGCGCUGCUGGGCGACAUACAGACCAAGCUCGAGCACAUCCACACUCUCGCCCUCUCCGACACGUCGCUGCAGGACGACGGAGGGACGCCCGCGUACGACGACUCCGACAACGACAGUUUGGACAUGACCGGGAUUGAUAGGACUUGAGUUGUCUGGUGGAAGGACUAAGUCAAUGAAAUGUUUAAUUGGUGGAAUAGAAUUGUUAGUGUGUGGGAUUGAUAUUGGUUAUAGUAGUUGUUGAGAAUACAAAGCUCAUUUUUGCCGUGUCGUGUAUCGGGCUAUGCUGGUCAUAACUAUGAGCCCCUGUCGUAGCUUGAAGUUAUCUCUACAUGAGUAAACCGUUAAACUUAAUAAACUCGGAUCUGCAGACGGCGUAGCGGGUUAUCAGUGCUCCGACUCGAAGGAGAAAUAGGAACUAGGUAGUGUUUAGUCUACACAGUCUGACACUUUCUCUCGCCUCAACCAAGGCGUGAAAUGUAAUUGGAUAAUUUGUUAACUUGGCAAGUCGUCGUUUGGUUGUAAUGAAUUUAUGAACUUUCUUUAUGCAGAGAAGUUACAAGUACAUUGUCGUCUCUUAAGUUACAACUAUCCAGUUUUAUACGUGUCAAUCCCAUGCACUAUCUCUUCUAUUCUAUUCAACUAUCAUUAAACCAUUUAUUUAGCGAAUCUGAUCAAUAAUAAUCACGCUAAUAUUAUAAAUGUGAAAGUUUGUUUGUUUAGAUGUUUGUCCGUCAGUCACGCUGAAACUACUGCUGGUAUACAGACAGCGUAUGAGCUGACUUGGGUGAUAGGAUACUUUUUAUUCCGAGCGAAGCCGCAGGUAGAAGCUAGUAUGUAAUAAAAGAGAGCUUAUCUAUGAAUUUCUUCUAUAAUAGAAGAAAUAUAAGUUUUAUACAUUCUAUGUUUUUGUUACAUAAUAUUAUUUUGUAUAGACACACAUUAUCAGCAUAACAAAGUACCCAAAUAAUAAAAGAUUUGUAACUUUAAAAAAAAAUGUCGUUGUUUGAAUAUUUUCAACUGUGACUGUCGAGUGAUAGUGUUCAAAAUUGCUUGGCAAAAUUUGGCUUGUCCAGGAUAUUUUGAUGUGCUGAUGUCUGUCUUGUCUCGUUUCGAAAAUCGAUUUAGAAUGAAAGAUACUAUUUUUAUGGAAUAAAUGGGUGUAAGCGAUCAGCGCCGCCAAUGGACACCCGCAACACCAGAGGAGUCAUAUGUGUGUUGCUGGCCUUUUAAAAAGGAAUACGCUCAUUUCUUGUGAACGUCGUAAUGUUCGAAGGUCGUGUGUGAAUUCUUUUGUAGUCGAUUUUGAUUUGAAAUUAAACUUUUUCAUUAUCAAAUCAAUGAAAACUGUACAUAAUAUUCUUUUGUAAUUUAAUUACUCUCAUAAAGGUAAAUAAGUAACUAUACUAUUGUUACUUUCUUAUUUUAAUUAAUUGGAUUAAAUCUAAAACAUGUGAUAUUUUCAGAUAUGAAAUACUAUGAUUACAUAUGAAAUAUUAUUAAAGUAAAUUCUCAAAUAUAAAAAAGUUUGUAUACAUUUUUUGAUCUAAUAAUUAGUAGCCUUUAAAAAAUACUUUUUACUGUGUACUUUUGAAAAAAUGCAUUAAAAUUAAACAGUAAGGUCUUGUCACGUCUUGAUAUUAGUAUCAAAGUAUACUAAACUAUGACGUCAUACGAUAUUCUGAACUCAUCACUGUAUUUUCAUAAAUAUAAACCUUAUGUCAACAGCAUAAGAGUCAUUGUAAGUAGACACAUAAUUAUUGAACUAUUUAUUUUUUGCUAACAAUUUUAAAAUGUAAUAUGUCCCAGUAACGAGACAAAUAAUAUUAAACUUUAAGUACUAGUUGAUAAGGUUUUAUAUUCGUCUGUGAUCAACAAAUUGUUAUAAUGAUAAAUAUGUUUUCUUUUUUUUUUUGUUAAAUUGUUGAAUGGAAUUCUGAAUGUUGAUUUUUUUGGUCUUUAAAAUUCAAAAACAUGGUUUUCGCUUAGCGACCGCGAACAAAAACUUAAAAUUAUAUGAAAUAUAAUCAUAUCGUACGUUUGUACGAAGUUUUAAAACGAAUUUCGAAUAAAAUGUAAAAUAAUUUGUGUAUACUACACUUUUUUAAACACUAAGUCAUAUACAUAAAACUACUAAGUCACUUUAUAUUUGAAAAAUAUCAAAAUAAAUAAGUUAAAGCAACAUACAAGUACAUUUUUCUCAAUUAUAUUUUAUAUUAGCACGAUUUUUCCACAAUUGUUUGCUAAACCAGUCACAAAUUCACAGUUACACUGAUUAAAUGGUCAUUCAUGAAAAUAAAAAUCAAUUUAGUCCGUCAGUUAGGUAAUGAAAAAAUACGUAUUUUUUUAUUUUGUCAUAUAAGAUAACAAUACUUAGAUAAAACGAAUCAAAGUUUAGGAGUGAGAGCAAAUACGUCAUUUCUACGAAUAAAACGUACCUAGAAGUGACGUCAAUAUCUUUGAAAGUAUUUGUUUCCCUAAGAAAAUAAAAAAUACGUGUCUAAUGUUUUAAAAUUAUUUACAAGACGGACAUUAAAAUAAAAAUUAGUCAUCUACCCUAUUACAACAUAAUAUAAUGAGUUUAUACACUUUGUAAAUAUUUCAGUAGUGACAGCAAGCACUGUCCGUCUGUCUGUCUGUCAGUCUAUAUGAUAGUAUUACUGCAGCCGUAUGAUUGUGUAUUUUAAGAACAUAAAUAUUAUUGUACACUGGAAAUAAACGCUUUUUAUAUUA